AUGGUUGACUGGACCGAUGCACAAACCCGUAUCCUUAUUGACGAGCGUAGAAAUAGGAACGAAGAAUAUCACAAUUUGGGAAGGAAUCGAGAUGUAUUUUGGGGAAGUGUUGCUACUAGAAUUAAUAAUGAAGUGCAUGGUUCCAAUUUCCUGGAACAUCAUUGUAAAGAAAAAUUCAGGAAUCUUGUUCGGGACUAUAAUGCGAUGUGUGAAUAUAUGAAUGGAAGUCGAACAGCUCGAAGGAGUCGGGCAGGAGCUAGAUAUUUUGACGAGUUCCGCUCUCAUUUUUGGGAAAGACCUGAAGAUCCAUUCGAUAGAAUCCGUAAUAUGAAUAUUUCUAACCGCAGACGUAGUAGGAGAGGUUCUUCACCAGCACCUUCUAUUGAGGAGGUUGAACGGUACUAG